AUGGAUCUCAUGACCAGACCAUAUAAAAAGGCAAACAAUGCCUACAAUAAGUUGAUACGAGCGCAGUAUGGAACCAAAGGUGGUGGUCGCGGACCCGGACUUACAGGAGGUCGACCACCUGGUACUGGAGUUGGUGUGGCUCCACCAGGAGUGCCAGGUAUACCUGGGACAGGAACUUCUGGCCCUUCAAGUAUUGGUGGUAUACCAGGAGCUGGAACUGGUGGAAUUCCUGGUGUAGGAAUGCCGGGAGUGGGAACAGGAGCUGGAGGACUGCCCGGAUUUGGUGGUAUUGGCGGUUACCCUUUAAUUAGCGGUUAUCCAUUAUUAGGAGGACGGGGAUUUGGGGGACAAUUUGGUGGUAUUUCACCAUAUGGUGGUGGUCUGCAUACUUUACUUGGCAGUACUGGAGGUCUUGGUGGUCUAGGAGGACUUGGUGGCGGAUACCCUCAUGGAGGUGGACUUGGAGGAUUAGGAAAUCUUGGAGGACUUGGAGGUCUUGGAGGUCUUGGAGGUCUUGGAGGUCUUGGAGGUCUUGGAGGUCUUGGAGGUCUUGGAGGAUAUGGUGGAUUAGGUGGUGGUCUCGGUGGACUUGGUGGUGGUGGCGGUCUCGGAGGUAUUGGCGGUUUACCUGGAAUAGUUGGUCUAGGCGGUGGAAUUGGUGGCUAUCCUAUUGGUCGUGGAAUUGCGGGAAUGGGAGGCUUACCUUUGGGUACUGGAGGAUAUCCUCUAAUAGGCGUUCCUCAAUACUUAUGGCCAGGUAUGCCCGGAACCAGACCGGGACAGACAGGAACAUCAGGAAAAACUCCAAUCGGUGAAACACAAACACAACAAACCGCUGAUGGAUGGGAUGAUGAAGACGACAGUACAGCUGCCGGUCGUGACAGGGGUAGACCCGACGGCGUUGAUGGUGUUGGACAACGAAAAAUAUAA